AUGGCCUGGCUUCCCAGCAGCUCCAAUGGAGCAGACAAUGCGGAUGAGCGGAGCACAACCUCCAGUGGAUCAUCCGGUCACAGCAGCGGGCGUCGCGACGAGGCCAACAGUCCACCGCGUUCCGGAAACGGAAAUGGAGCCACAGUUAGGGAUUCGGGACGAACAGCUCCGCCGGCCCUGUUGCGUCAUGCCACGCCCCAUCUGCAGCCCAAGACGGAGUCCGUCUCAGAUGGCGAUGGAGAUGGUGAUGCAGAGCUCUCCGACUUUUCGCUGAACGACACCGAGGAGGAUGAGGAGGAUCUUCGCGACUAUAUUGUACUUAAUGGCAAUCAGGCGGAUGCCAAUCGAUCGCUAUCCAGUUCGCCACGUAGUCACUCCCGCAAUGGUCUGCUCACAGCGCCGCCCAGCUCCGGCAGUUCUGGAUGCACUGCAUCUGGCGGAGCUGUGGGAGGAGGCGGAUGUGGAGGCACCGCCGGAGGAGGCACAGCAUCUGGAGGCGGAGGUACAGGUGGCCAUGUGGUAGGAGGCGUUCGCAAGGUGUUUACCAACACACGGGAACGAUGGCGGCAGCAGAACGUAUCCGGUGCCUUUGCCGAGCUGCGAAAACUAGUGCCCACCCAUCCUCCAGACAAGAAGCUAUCAAAGAACGAGAUCCUUCGAUCGGCCAUCAAGUACAUCAAGCUGCUGACCGGCAUCCUGGAGUGGCAGCAACGCCAGGUGCCGGCUCAUCCGCCGUAUCCUGGCUCUGGUCCGGAGACCAAUAACAAUGACAAUCGGACGGUGAACGGCCAUGCGGAUUCCGAUCUGGAGCAGCCCGACAUCUCGGCCGUGCGGCACAUCAAGUGCGAGCGAACGGACGGAGGAGGAGGAGUAGGAACAGGAGGAGGAGCAUCCACAGUGCCACAUCGAAAUGGAGGAGGCAAUGACUUGCUCAUGAUUGCUCCGGGUGCUCUGGUCAAGAGCGAGCACCUUCUCGAGUCGCCACUGCCCUCCAAUCACUCGCAUGGCCAUAUCCCUUCCCUUGCCCAUUCCCUGCCAGGCACUGGUCUAGUCCCGGUUCCGGAAUCAAGGCUAAUCAGCAGUUCGGCAGGAGCCGUGGUGCCAAAACUGACCACCAGCAGGAGCAGCAAGCGACGCCUCAAGUCGGAGGCGGGUGCGGGUGCCACCGAUCUCAGUCUGGGCAAGAGGCGCCGCACAUAG